AAUCCAGAAAGGAAAAGAAAAAGAAUAAAAGAGGAGGAAGUGAAUCGAGGCGCAUUGCCCCCUCCCAAAUCCCGCUCCUCCUCUCUGCUCCGCCGGCAGAAGGAAGAGAGAGAGAGAGAGUGAGUGAUCUCAGGGCGUGUUGUUCGCUUCUUGGUCUCGGAGGAGAUGGCGGGGAUUCCCAGGGCUUCGUUCGGUUUGGUGGCCAUCAUGGUUCUCGCCUUGGCCAUCCUCAUGCCUGCCGUACAGGCCCAGGCCCCCGCUCCCUCGCCCACCAGCGACGGGACAUCAAUCGACCAAGGGAUUGCUUAUCUGCUAAUGCUGGUGGCGCUGGUCCUGACCUACCUCAUCCACCCCUUGGAUGCCUCCUCUCCCUACAAGCUCUUCUUCUAAGCCUUUUGGGAGCACAUGCAUGCUUGCGAUGGGGGGGGGGGGAGGAUGUUUGUCAUGUUGGUUUGUAUUUGGGUACUAGGGCUCGUUUAGUGUUGUGGUAUUUGGACUCCUUUAAUGGAAUCAUCAUGUUGAGUUACCCUAGUUGUUCUUACUGCUUUUGUGGCCAAUGCUUUUUGUUUUAGUUGCAGUCUGAUGGUGAUGUGCCAUGGUAUAAAAUGGAUAAUUAGGAAUUAUCAUACACCGUUCUUUCCUUCCGGUAUCAAUGGGAGUCCUUUUCUGUUA